CAUUCCUGGAAACCCGAGGAUUGUCAAGAUGGCGACCGCGAAGCGUUCUGUGUAGUGUGUACAGAAGAUAACAAGGAUUUGUAUUUUGACAGGUCACGUCUCCCUUGUCUGCUUACUCAAAAGUGAAAAAAAGUGAUAAACGAGUGAAAAACUCGACUCUUUGUUAUAAAAAUUCACCUUUUUCUCGAAAAAGUGACAAGCAGAGGGAGAAUUUCCCGCGCGUAUUUUAAUAAUAUCGAGGCGAACUCCUAGCAUCUUUUUUCGACAACUGUCUUGUUUAUGUCAAACGCCGUGAAACGACGUAUUUAUAGAAGCAGCACGAGGAAUGAAAAUAGACACGUCCAUCAAGUAACCACGUCACGGACCUAAAGGCUUACAUGCUUUUUCUCAGUGAAACUUCUCGUAUUUUGUAAUAAUCCUGUAAUAAUCAUUCAAUACGGAUAAUAAUACAGACCUACCUCCAAGGGACCCUGACAAUCGGUCCCCGAAAAAAAUGGGUUUGCCCUGCGAUUGGCAGAUAACAAAGCAGAAGAUUUCGCAGAGAGGGCAGUACCUGCUGGAAACUGGACAAUGGUCGGACUGCAAGUUCAUUGUUGGCCAGGAGCCCCACCAGCAGGUUCUCGAGGGUCACAAAGUAUUCCUGGCCAUGUCCAGCCCCGUAUUCGAGGCAAUGUUUUACGGAGGAAUGGCUGAGAAGAAUGAUCCGAUCCCGAUACGCGACGUUCAGCCCGAGGCUUUCAAAGCCCUCCUCGAGUACAUAUACACGGAUCGCGUCGAUUUGGGUUCCUUCGAACUAGCCUGUGAAUUGUGCUACUGUGCGAAAAAGUACAUGCUGCCCUUUCUCGUUGAGGAGUGCACCAAGUUCCUCUGGUCCGAUCUGUCGCCGAAAAAAGCCUGUCGGGCUUACGAGUUCGCCAAACUGUUUGAAGAGCCCGUUCUGAUGGAAAAGUGUCUGCAAAUAAUCUGCACGAGGACUCUCGACGUCCUCAAGGAAUCGAGUUGGGAGGAGGUUGAGCUGGGAACUCUGAUUACAGUUUUGGAACAGAACGAUUUGCAAAUUUCCUCGGAGAUUGAAUUGUUUAAUGCGGUGGAGCGCUGGGCGAAGGCAGAGUGUGCCAGGAAGACACUGGAUCCGGCAGAUAGCAAAUCUUUGAGAUCGGUUAUUGGAAAUUCCUUGACGAAGAUUAGAUUCUUGACUCUGACACCGCAGGAAUUUGCAGAAGGGCCUGGACGAUCUCCGUUAUUAACUCAGCCGGAAGCUUUUGCCAUUCUGAUGAAUAUUUCGUCGAGCGACAGCAAGAAAACGAUGCCGGAAGGAUUUUCCACGAGUACGCAAGGAAGAUACAAUAUGAUGCAUCUCAAAUCGAAAUUCGUUGUACCUGACUGGCCAGGUUUUCCAACGAAACACCUGUCGAAUUUCGAAGACAUGUAUCCAAAGUGCACAACGCCUUACAAAGUUGACAAUCCAUAUUACUCGUUCAAUUUUCCCACGACAUCUAUGGCGCGCUCGGCCUUAAUGACAAGUCCCGACGAAUUGGAUCGUCGUUCAAGUUCAAUCCGAGGCGGGCCUUCGUCGCUGGUGACUGUUCAGCGAUCAGUCCAGGACGGAAAUGCGCCUCAUUCGAUGAAUAGCAGUGCGGUUUUUGACCGGGACGGCGUCAAGUAUUACUGCACGAGGGACGUUGUUACGGAACUGGAUUGCGUCAAUACGAGCGUUUUAGAUUGUUCCGUGACAUUUACGGUCGACAAAAAUAUAUGCGUACUCGGAGUUCAAGUUCCAACGCAGAUGCAGUCGAGCUUGUCAAGUAUGACUCACCAGGGCAACUUGUACCAAUCGGACUCUUCGUACACGGAAGUUUUGUACGCUCAUCUUCUCGAUUCGGAUGGUUCGCGGUUGACUUAUACCCACUUUACAACAAAAGUGAGCAGUGGAACUCUCGUGGAAAUAACAUUUAAUCGACCCGUUUAUAUUCAGAAAAAUAAGGUAUACCGAGUUGGAGUAGUUUUCAACAAAGUCGGACGGUACCCAAUGGGAAUUUGUUCCGAAAGUAUGAACUGCGAUACUGCACUUUUCACAUUCAAAGUCGGCAAAGAGGACAACAACGUUCGAGACGGAUUAAUAAGAUCUAUCGUUUUUACCUAUCAUUGAAAUUUUCCCUGCUCAGAUCAGACAAAAUGGCGUGAGCAAAAAAGUAGAAUUGUGAUAUGAAAGAAAAUCUGUUGUACAUCGAUUACCGACCAUCGUCCGGACCAUUUUUCCGAACCAUUGCUCGGACCAUUUUUCCGAAUCAUUGCUCGGACCAUUUUUCCGAACCAUUGCUCGGACUAUUUUUCCGAACCAUUGCUCGGACCAUUGCUCGAACCAUUGUUCGUCAAUAUAAAAAAAGUUCAAAAACAUUUGUACAAAUUGAGAUACGGUUUAAUAUUAAAUAUUAAGCAAAGGCGGGUACAUUGCAACUUUGUAUCUGUAAGGCACAUUCAUUAUGCACAAAUGGUAUUUUGCCUUUUUUUAACUUAUAUUAUUAUUAUUAUAUAUAUAUAUAUAUAUAAAUUUCUUAUUUCUAGUUGAAUUGUACAUAUUUAACGAAAUUGAAAGCUUCCAAGGUACGUCACCGUUUUAAAAAAAUCUACAACAUCUUUUCACUCCCAAUUAUAUAUAGUGAAUAAUAUUUUGAACAAGUCUCAUUGUACAAAAAUGUCAUCAUUGUGCUGUUUGUGUGAGUGCAAAAAAUCUAUUGUACAUAACAGUAUUCAGUGCAGCGCCCCCCCCCCCCCACAAUUAUAAAUAAUCUAACUAAAACUGCAAGCAUUUCUGGUAGCUGUUAGAUUUUGAUAUCCUCGUAUCAAAGCUUUUGUGGAUUCGGUGUUUUUGAGAAAAAAAAAUACUAAUUAUUCUGGUCGUAAUCGAUUCAAAUGUGUUUCUGUAAAUACUUUUUCUAGUAGAGUAAAUUAUGGGAAAAAUUAAAUAUCACCCAGUGAGAUUGUUUUCGUUAGUUUCUUGUCAGAGCUUUCAAAUUUUCUUUCGUUUUUUAAACAAUUUUUUUUUAUUUUUACGCAGAUGUGAGAUUACAUUUGCACAAUUGUUCGAUGAUCAAGGCAAUACAAAUAUAGUUUUACCAGGUCUGGUAAUAUUAUCGUUAUAUUGUAUUAUAUUUUACUUAUUCGUUAUUUCUCGUUUGAAAUGUAAAGUACGUAUAUGUACAAAAAAUAAAAGAACAUUGGCUAUUUUGUUUAACACA